UACUUUAUCACUACGCGUGAUACGUUUUAUAGAGAAGAAAAUGGCGAAAUUGAUGUAAAGACCUCUUUCGAAUCAAUGCGUUCUGUGACACUUUCGUUGUGUGAGUGACAGUUAUUGGUAUUUUGUGGGUAUUUUUCCGGACUCUGUGUUCCAAGCUUUGGAGGUCGAAAAUUGGCAAUCCAAAAUCCAUUGGAGUCGUGACACCCGACAACCGAAAAUUACAAAAAUAAUUUUAUAAAUGGCUUCGCUGUGCGGAAGAAUUGCUGCAACAGCAGCCCGAAGGCAUGUGUUGUGCUCCAGCUACAGAUACUGCACAAAAGUGUCUAUGGGCGACCCAAUAGAACACGCCACCGGUCUGGAGAAACGAGAAUUGCUCGCCAAAGUGGCAGGCAACGACAACCCCUUCGACUUGAAAGUCAUCAAGCGUGGCCCAGGCACCAAGAGCCAACCUAACGAAAUCCCCUCUGCCUUCGAUUCUAGACUGGUGGGCUGUGUGUGCGAGGAGGAGGCCACCAGCAUAAACUGGAUGUGGCUGCACAAAGGCGAGCCAAAGAGAUGUGAAUGUGGCCACUGGUUCAACCUUGUACAUAAGGCUCCUGUCUAAGGAGCAAAGUGUAGGCUUACUAGUGAUUAAAUGUAGUGCAUCUGGAAACGUCGCUUCUUCCCGAUACCUAACUCGGGCAGACUUGGCACCGUUUUAGCGCGGAAAUACGUGCGAUUCCAUACCAGAGCACACCACGGUCGGCCUACGACGCCAGCAGCAGCCGCGGCCGUGAGGCGAUCCGUCUCCCGAGAGUAUUUUUCCAAGUUCGGGGCUAAUGUACAGAGAAAUCUAAGAUGUGUGAAAUAUGUCUUAUAAGUGCGUAGAAUUAUCAACGUUGGAGCGUAUAAAUGUACCAGCAUCAAAAAAAUUGAGGUAAACCCUUACAACCCCCACCCCCGUUUUUUACCUAUAAAAUUUUUUAAAAAAUGAUCACUGGGCCGAUUUUCAAAAACUAGCAAGCGGCCUUGGCAUAGUAGUAACAUUGUUGAAAAAUUUCAUCGAAAUCCGGGCGGUACUUCUCAAGUCUAGGCGGUUAUAAGAUUAGCAGACAGACCGAUGGAAAUUAGUGACAUGUGUUUUUCAUGAUGUAAAUGUCAUAUAACAUCCAUAAAGCAUAUCUCAUUUGAGAAAAAAAAAUCUCGAUUACAAUACUUCUGCGCCAGUAGGCGUGAGAAGUAAAGCGCACGAAGCCCGAGUUCGAAUUUCUGGAGAGCCAUUGAAGAGGAAAAGACUACUUAUGGCGAAUAUAGAAGGCACAUAAGGGUUCUAUUGAUGCUCUUUGAAAUCUGGUUCGGAAAACACUAAACGCGCAAUUCAGUAUGUUACAGGGCUAUUGUAGUAACACACUGUAUAGGAAUGUGAAAAAGCAAAAACAAAGUGUUAUCUAGAGAUAAGACAAAUAAAAUAUAUUGUCAAGUGUCAAUUUUACUUGAAGAAGGUCACCAUUGGGUCCGAAAUGU